ACAUACAAACAGGUGCUACAAAUUCAAUGUCCUCCAAACUUGGCUCAUGAUUUUUUUCCUUUGAGGGUGUGGAACUUGUGUAAAGCAAUUUUGCGGACGAGGAGUGGCAAACCGAACCUCUAUCAUUUUCACAUAAAUUUCGCAUAAAUCUUGUCUAAAUGCUGAUUCAAUGCAACAGGAUUGACCGAUUCUGUUUUUUUUGCAAGAAUGUUAGUGGCAUACUCAUAAUUGAAUAGAAAAUUCAAAUGCCCCGCAUUAGGUCUGAUUCCCGUCGGGUAUUCCACAAUCCGUAUUUUACAGACUGCCGCCAAUGGCCAAACGUCAUAAUCUAUCGACCUGCGGGCAAAUUGUUGAAAGCUGUUUUGUAUACGACAAAAAGACAAUGGUCAUAAAGAACAAAAACAAUACAAUCACGGGGUGCAUUGACGUAUCGAUUUCCCGAAACUGUGAAAUGUACGAUGCUCACUUGAAGUCUCAUUUUAGGCACUUACAAGCUGUAUGUUUCAGUAAAAACCGAUUGGGGUUUUCUUACCGAUUUAAAAUGAAGACGUUGGUUCUAAUUUCACUUGCCCUCCUUCUGGUUUUGUCGUUGGUAGAUACUAAGUUACACAGAUCCAAAGAGAUUCAAAGAAAUAAAUGGAGCAGGCUAAGACCAGUUGGGCCUAUGCGGCUCCGCAAGAUUGCAACAAGAAAACAACCAAAAGUAAAAGGUGGGUAUGGAAAAUUGAAGGUUGACAUCGCAAGUAAAAGAUUGACGAAAGUACCCGGUGUAUCUGGUGCGCUGCCCGAAGAAGUAGCGAAGAAACAAAGCAAAAAGCCUCAAAAGAAAAGUGAUUAUUAUAUUGAUCCGAAAGUGCUUGAAAAGUUAAACCGCGUCAGCAGUAUUGCCGACUUUGUCAAAGUGUUUAAUCCGAAAGGAUUUUCACUAAGGAAGGAGUAUAUUAACGUGAAGAAGGGAACAAAAGACAAAUCCUAUAACCUUAAAGGCGUUUCUACCGGUGUAGCAGGACGGCCAGGCCCUUCUUCCUCCGGAAAGACUUCAGGCGUUUCUACCGGUGUAGCAGGACGGCCAGGCCCUUCUUCCUCCGGAGAGACUUCAAGUAGUAGCAUCGAGAAAAAGGAAGUUCUUGUUGUUUAUGAAGGUGACCAAAGACUUGCCGAUUCAUUUCAAUUUUCAGAUUCAACGGACAUGUCUUGCAAGCCCCGCGACACCGUGCGUUCAAUUUCAGAGAUUGGCAAAACCCAUAUUCCUGCUUGCGUCACCGUAAAGCGGUGUGGUGGAUGCUGUUCUGUGUCGCGCCAUUGCGUGGCUGAUACCAUCGCUAAUAAAUCAGUCUCAGUUCUGGAGAUGUCUCAUGCUGACUACAGUUAUCGCCUUGUUUCGAAAGUUUUUGUCGAGCACAAGACAUGCAAGUGUGACUGCAUAGUGAAACCAACUGACUGCUAUCCGAUGCAGACUUAUUCAAGUGUACACUGUCAAUGUGAAUGCAACAGAAAUGCCCAGACAUGCCCUUCUGGGAAACAGUGGAGCAAUGUUGAGUGUGAUUGCAUAUGCAGUGACAGACGUGUCUGCAAAUCACGGGUUCGAAAAUGGGAUAAGAAAAAUUGCAGAUGUGCAUGCAUUGAUACUCCAUGCCCGGUAGGAACAGUGCGGAACAUAGAAACUUGCAGAUGUGAUACAGUCGCAGCCAGUGACGGAUUAAUGGAUACGAGAAAGUCUGCCUUUGAUCACCAGAAGCCAUUAAUAGAUGAUAUAUUUCGAUAUGACGAAGACCGAUCGGAUGAUUCUGAUGACGAUGAAGCAGAUGACGAUGCCUUCGGGGACUUCUAGACAUGCUCUGGUGGCUGUACCAGCUCUAUACGGAAAAACACCCCGAAAAAACUGAUGUUGUAAUAAUUCAUAGAUCUAAGAGAGACAAUACUAAGGGCCAACUUCAGAAUAUGGAUAGGCCUCAUUAUUGAUAGUGGAUUUGAUUUACGUCCUUUUAGAACGUCGCACGAUUGCUUUUUAGUUUUCCUUUAUCCUUACUUCUCUCAUGCCCUUUCCGGUCAAAGCUAAUAUAUUCACACUCCUUACUGAAUAUUGUUUAUAAUUAAAGAGUCGCUCUUUGCACAAGUAAAAUUGCAAUAUCUUGCCCCAUAUAGCCUUGUCUGCAUUUUUAUAAUGUCAGUGCCCCCUCUUUAAAAUUUUAGGGUAGUUUGCAGUUCCAAAGAAUGCCAAUAAAUAAAAUUUCAUUCACGCGAGAAGUUGGGAAAAGCUUAGAUUGACUUCAUUUCAGCGAAGGAGCAUCUGUGUAAGAGUCUUAUUUGAAGGCAAUUUUUUACAGAAGAUGUAGGCAAAUUGUAGGCAAGUUGCCUAAAGCUAAUCUGGUAUGAACUAUCUCCCAUAGCCAAGAUCAGACACAAUAAGUAUCGUGAAUGGCAAGUAAAAAUGCUUGUUAGAAAUUCUUUGUUACAGUGGAAUGUGUUUGAAUGAAAAGCAAAUCUAGAAUAUUUUUACAUAAACAUUUAUCAAGACAUCUGUUUCAAAGGGUAAUGUAUUAUAAACAAAUCAGAUCCGCAAAAUAACAAUAUUUGUAGAAGAAGUUUAUUGUGACUCGAGUAGUGAUAAAUAACCAAGUCUUUUAAAUACUGACGAACGCUCAAUGAGUGAUAAGUUGGUAUGUAAAAGGUAAUAUCUUGACUAUAUGUGUAAUGAAACUAGCAAUUUUAAUAUGACAACGUUUUACUGAUGCAAUUCAACAAAAUAUUUUUAGAGUA